CGAGCGAGAGCGGUCCCUGGUGUGCGGAACACUCUGUCAGCAUGGCCGCCGCCCUCUGCCUGCAGCGCCAGAGCCUCGCCGCCAACCCCUUUCUCUUCUCCGCCCAUGGCCUCCGCUACCGCAAGCUCGAGGUCAUCCUCACUACGGUAACGCCUUCACUCUCUCUCUUCUAUGUCUCUCUCCGUUUAUUAAUACUACGGUGGGUGUGUUAGCCAAGCGGUUACUGCGAGGUUUUUUCUGAUCUAGUUUCAGCUUUGUUGUCCUGGGAUGGUCGCAACUCACUACAAAAGGGGGAAAAUCGGAGUUUGUUUUCGAGCCAUUUCGCAGCGUACGGGUAGGUUGUGCAACUCAUGAGGUAGAAAUAUUUUCCGACCUGCUUUAUUGACGGUAGAAAACUUGAUUGAAAUGGCUCUUUAUGUCUCUCCAAGGCCAAAUAUCAGUUAACAUAUCUUGAGUUGAUCUUUUCUUGGUAUAAGAACAUUGACGGGUUAGACGGGAUUGACAAUCACGAGCCUAUUAAGACAAAGGAUAAGAAAUUUUACGAGAGAUCUGAACACUAGCUUUAUCAAACUCCUCAACGAAUUAAAGGCUACCUGAAUCUGAGUUAGGAAGCAUCGAGAGAUCACAGUUAUAGUCAAAUACUAUUCUUUUCUCAGAUAUCGCUUUCAAGAAGAAGAAAAAAACACCGAGCACACUUCAAAAUUCGCUUUGGCAAACAUCUCGGAUGGUAACUCGUGAGAAGACUUAACACCGGUCAAGCUCCACUAGUUUUGAGCAUGCAUGGCGGUGGUCUCUCCAGUCUCCCCGUGAUAUAAAUUCUCCAGUCUCCAGUCUCCACUCGUUGUUUCCAUGCAUCGAAGAAAAAACAGGAGGAGAAUACGUCUGAUUUGGCAAGUCUUGUUGGCCGCAGCGACGACCGUAACAUCAGAUGCUACUGUCGUCCUUCUCCUUCCACUAGCUAGCAGAAUGCUAGCUCGCCCCACGCAACUGCAAGUGAGAUUUUUUUUUUGUUUUUUGUUUUCUUCUGGCGCGCGCUAGCUGUUACAGUCUCUCAGCAUAUAAAUUAAUUAAACUAGUAUAUGUAGACACACACAGCACACAGGAAAGCACACCAUCUUCUGUCUCCAUAAACAAGCUACCUGCAGCGAUGUGCUCCACUGCAGUGCUGCUAGUUCGCACAUGCGUUGUGCUUGUGUGUUUGGCCGCCAUGGCGCGAGCGCCGGCCAAGGUCCAUGCUGCCGCCGGCACCGGGGAUGGGCUCCUUGUUAUCCCUACCACCGCCUCCCUGUCGCACUGCCCCUCUCGCUGCGGGGAUGUACAAAUCUCGUACCCGUUCGGGAUAGGGCCGGGCUGCUUCCGUCAAGGCUUCGAGCUCACCUGCGAUCAAACAGCUCCUUCUCCCAGGCUCUUCUUCAUGUCGGGGAACAGCUCGAUUCAGGUGACUUCUCUAGAUGUCGGCAACAAUAUGGGUUGGGCUUCAGCUGUUGGGUUCAACGUCACCAUGAGCGCAGGCGUGGACACCUACACCAAGUCUUGGGAGGCCCCUACUGCCACUGGUGCCAGUUUUUAUGCAGAUAAUAAUAAUAAUCUGUACACUGUUGGAUGUGGUGUCUACGUCUACGUGUUGGGUGAUAAUAUGACAGAUAUCAUUGGUUAUUGCACGAGUAUUUGCACAGAUAACAGAGAGAUCAUGGAGAGCGCAAACACUGGUUAUGGUGUCUGUGAAGGGUUAGGCUGCUGCAGCAUUCCAAUACGUGGCCGCCAAGGCUUCACUCUCAAACUAGGUCGCCUCAAUAGUACCAUUCCACAGUUCGGUGAAGCGCUAUCCAGUGUCAAGAUUAUCGUUUCGCAAAACUAUAAAUUCGUUACUGAUGAUGUUUACGCAAGUUGGGUGAAUACAAGCAACGUUAAUGAAAUGAUAUUUUACAUUACAAUCAUGGACCAACCGAACUGCGCGAGUGCCCAGUCCCAAGAGAACAAGGAUACCUACGCAUGCACUAGUGAAAGCAUCUGCUACGACGUUCUACCACCGGCAGUAUCUCAAGGAGGCUACAUUUGCAAGUGUUCCCAUGGCUUACAAGGAAACCCAUACCUUCAAAAUAACUGUACAGAUAUUGAUGAGUGCACUAUUCCAAAUAAAUGCAAUGGAAUAUGCCACAAUUUUAAUGGAGGCUUCAAUUGUACAAGUUGCCCUCAUGGGAAAGAGUAUGAUCCAAAAAAACAAAAAUGUGUCAUGUCAGCUAAGCAGUGUAUUCUAAUUUUUGGGAUUGUAAUUGGGCUUGUUUGUGGCCUUGGAUCCAUAAGUUUUGCACUUGGUGCAAUUGUACUCACCGGUAAGUGGAAAAAAGGCAUCCAAAGGAGAAUUCGAAGAGAGUACUUCAAGAAAAAUCAAGGUCUACUCUUGGAGCAACUAAUAUCGAAUGAAAAUGCUACAACCAAAACAAAGAUAUUCACUUUGGAUGAACUAGAGGAAGCAACCAACAAGUUUGAUGCUACUCGUGUUCUAGGUCAUGGUGGGCACGGCACUGUUUACAAAGGGAUUUUGUCUGAUCAGCGUGUCGUGGCUAUAAAAAAAUCUAAAAUAGUGGAGCAAAUAGAGAUAGAUCAGUUCAUCAAUGAGGUUGCUAUUUUAUCUCAAAUCAUUCACCGCAAUGUGGUGAAGCUUUUUGGUUGUUGCCUAGAAGAUGAGGUACCCUUGCUAGUGUAUGAGUUCAUAUCGAAUGGCACUUUGUAUGACAUUCUUCAUGAAAAUAUUGCAACAAAAUGCUUGUUGUCAUUGGAUGAUCGAAUUAGGAUUGCAACGGAAGCAUCAGGAGCACUUGCUUAUCUACACUCAGCUGCUGCAAUACCAAUUUUCCAUAGAGAUGUGAAGUCUUCUAAUAUACUCUUGGACGACAACUUCACUGUAAAGGUUUCAGAUUUUGGUGCUUCAAGAUCUCUAUCCCUUGAUGAAACACAUGUGGUGACAAUUGUCCAAGGGACAUUCGGUUAUUUAGAUCCAGAGUAUUAUUAUACUGGUUCUCUAACUGAGAAGAGCGAUGUGUAUAGUUUUGGAGUGAUACUUGUGGAACUUUUGACAAGAAAGAAACCAAUUUUUAUCAAUGAAUCGGGUGCCAAACAAAACUUAUCUCAUUACUUCAUUGAAGGACUACAGGAAGGGACUCUCAUGGAAAUAAUAGAUUCUCAAGUUGUGGAAGAGGCAGACCAAGAAGAGAUUAAUGAUAUCUCCUCACUUAUAGAAGUGUGCUUAAGAUCCAAAGGAGGACAUAGACCAAGCAUGAAAGAAGUAGAUAUGAGAUUGCAAUGUCUAAGAACAAAGAGGCUACGGAAUAAAACACAUCUUUUGAUUGAAAAGGGUGGAGAAAUGGAACCUUUGUUAUGCGCAGAAGCUCAGCACCCACAUGAACGUAUCAAUCCAAUUUAUAAUGAGGAACAUUUAAUAAUUCCAGUGAUGUCUGGGUGCUACAGUUUGGAGCAAGAACUUGCGGCAGCAUCUAGUAUGGUUCGCUAACUUGGUAUUUGCUUGGAUGUUGGACACAUCUAUAGUAACCAUCUAUUUUCAGAGAGGAACUAUGGUAUAUUUUGUUCCCUUCGCAUAAGACUAUGGUAUAUAUGGUGCGUAUAUGUAUAUAAUAUAUAUGACAUUGCUAUGUUUACAUAUAAUGUAAUUUCCGUAUUUCAAACUGUAAUGCGUUUUAGUUUUGUUUUGAUUACAAAUUUGGUACUCUAAUUGUAAUAGUUUCUAAAACCAAUCAUAAUAUAUAGUUGUAAUA